AUGUCGUCCUCCUCUUCCAGCCCUCCCACUGCCGAGUGGCUUGUCCACGUUCCCGACCUCCCAGGCGCUCUUGAGAAACGUCUCGCGGUCCGGCCUGAACAUCUCUCUCAACUCAAGCCAAAGAUCGAUGCCGGCGUCGCCGUGUUCGGAGGAGCAACCAUGUCCAAACAACCAGGACCAGGAGAGACACCACAGAUGACGGGCAGCGUCAUGCUCAUCAAAGCUGAGAACGAGGAGAAAGUGCACGAGUUUCUGGAGAAUGAUCCAUACACCAAGAACGGCGUGUGGGAUGUGAAGAAUGCAAAGAUUUAUCCGUUCAAGUGUGCCAUCAGAACGGCGCUAUGA